CAUUUGCCGUUAUUAGACGUGAAUUUAGCACGACGCCGUCGGGUUUUGAUUCAUUAUCUCUACAGCGAGAGAUACGUCGUUUCGUUGUCGUGUGUGUUGUCGCAGCCUCCGCAAUCUUAAUAAAUUUAUAGAAUCUAAAUAACCGCAGCAAUAAUAAUAACAACAACAACAACAGCAACAUCAACAAUAUCAAACAACAACAAGAGGAAAAGGAACAACAGCAAACAAAUUGAGACAUUGCCGAAGGCCAUUUGAUUAUUUGUAUUUGGAAAAUUCGUUACUUUAGCUUGUCAGCAUACACAUAUUUGCGCAAUUUGUGUCUUGUGUCUGAGGUGAUCCGUUUAAUUGCGCAGCGCAUCGUGUCGCUCGUCGCGUCGCGUCGCUUCGCAGAGGGAAUGCGAAAGUGUGUCUCGAGUUCAGCGGCAGCCGUAGCCUGUCCACACUCCACAGCUCACACACAGAUGACGUCCCGUUGACAUGUGCCCCGUUGGCCAUACACGACGAGCGAAGAGUGCGAGUCCAAGUGCGAGGAAGUGUGCCAUAAAAAGUGCGUCGUUUAUUUGGAAGGAAGAAGAACAGCAGCAAAUGUGCAACGCAUCAAUGCAACAUUGUGACACACAACAUUACAUGAUAACAGGCUGAAAGAGAAUAAUCAAACAGCACACACACAGAGACACACACACACAAGUUAAUUACUACAACGUUACAACAUUCCUUUAGCAAAUGGCUGACGACGAUUUGCGGGCUUUGGUAGAGAUGCUGGAUGAGAAUCCAGCUGAGAAUAGUGCCAAUAUAUUUGCCAACUUCUCGUUGGACAUGCUGCAGCGAGCCAGCGCACUAAUUGGCGCCCAGCAGCCAUCGCACAGCGGUGAUCCCCUCCUACUACCCCCCAUCAAUCGCACCCUCGAAGAGCAGUGCAAGCAUCAGGCAGACAAAGUCUCCGACUCACAGCACAGCACGACUUUGUACUGUCCCGCGUCAUUCGACUCGGUGCUCUGCUGGCCCCGCACAAAUGCUGGCACCUGGGCAAUCCUGCCCUGCUUCGAGGAGUUCAAGGGUGUCCACUACGACACAACAGAGAAUGCAACGCGAUUCUGUCAUGCGAAUGGCACUUGGAAUCAUUAUUCCAAUUACUCCAGAUGCUCAGUGCCCGUGGUUCCUGAAUUUUCGGCCAGUGUCGAUCUGCCAUCGAAUAUCUAUGUUGGCGGUUACUUUAUAAGUUUUGCCACAUUGGUGGUGGCUCUCAUUAUAUUCCUAAGCUUCAAAGAUUUGCGCUGUUUGCGUAACACAAUUCAUGCGAAUCUGUUCCUAACCUACAUCACCUCUGCACUCUUGUGGAUUCUCACGUUCUUUCUGCAAGUGAUAACCACCGGAUCUAGUCAUGCUGGCUGCAUUACGCUGGUCAUUAUGUUUCAGUACUUUUAUCUGACUAACUUUUUCUGGAUGUUCGUGGAGGGCCUCUAUCUCUAUACUCUUGUGGUGCAAACAUUCUCCAGCGAGAACAUUAGCUUUCUUAUCUACGCCUUGAUUGGCUGGGGCUGUCCCGCUGUCUGUAUAUUGGUGUGGUCCAUUGCCAAAGUAUUUGCGCCGCAUCGAGAGAAUGAGCAUUUCAAUGGCCUGGAAAUUGAAUGCAGUUGGAUGCUUGAAUCUCAAAUUGAUUGGAUAUUCAAGGGGCCCACCGUAUUUGCGAUACUAACUAAUUUAGUUUUCUUGAUACGCAUCAUGUGGGUAUUGAUUACCAAAUUGCGUUCGGCUCAUACGCUUGAGACGCGGCAGUAUUACAAAGCAUCCAAGGCGCUAUUGGUGCUAAUACCGCUCUUUGGCAUUACGUAUCUGCUGGUCUUAACCGGGCCUGAACAGGGCAUCAGUCGGAAUCUCUUCGAGGCCAUGCGCGCCUUUCUGCUUAGCACACAGGGCUUCUUUGUGGCAUUGUUCUAUUGUUUUCUGAACUCGGAAGUGCGACAGACGUUGCGGCAUCGUUUCAUCAGAUGGCGGGAGAAUCGAAGUAUACAUCGAAGCAGUUCAUUAAAGAAUCGUAGACAUCGCGCAUCCAAAGACUACUCGCAACGCUCGCGUACUGAAAGUCUACGUACCGAGGAAUGUGUCAUCUGCUUACGUCCAUCGCCGCAUACACGACUGGGAUCAUUGAAACGUUAUCACAGCAUUGAUUUAACCGACUUUGUGUAAUAGGCUACUAAAAAAAAACCCAACCCAAAGGCCAAUUGAAAAGCGUUUGCAUUGCUUAGACUCGACUUUUAAGUUUAUUCUUGUUGAGAAAGUGACUUGAAGUUACAGGAAAAAUGUUUAAAACUAACGUAUUUGUAUUAUACUCGUAUGCUUUAGUGGUAAAAUCUCUCACUUAAAUGUUUAAGUACACAACGAAACAAAAUUGUAAACAUAAUUGUAUAAUUUAUUUUGGAUAAAUUAACAUUAGGAUUGUGCAGAGCGCAACCAAUCUGAAAUGAUCAGAGACGAAUCGAAAUUGUUCCGUAUUCAGUAUUCAGUUGCACUGUGCACGACUACGACUAUAGUAAAUAUUAUUAAAAAUUAGCUAUAGAUUUGCUAGAUAAUUAAUUUUACAUUUUACUUUUUGUUUAGUCGAUUAUGUGCCAAUUCGUGCAAAAAUGUUGUUUAUUACAAUUACAUUUUUCUUUUUAAUGUAUAUUUUUAACCCUAGGUUUCAUUUUUUCAUUCAUUUGUCAUUUUUAAUUUUUCCUUUUUUUGUUUUUGCUUGCUAUUAAUUUAUUUUCUCAUAAGGUCACAUUGUUUGUAUCACUGAUAAAUGUAAUUUAAUUUAAACAAACAAUAAAAAAAUAAACUGAAGUGAAUUGAGAAAUGAAAAGAACGAAAAAUGAAAAAGAAAACAUAAAACAAUUUACUCUCACACACAAAUAUGCAUAUGUAUAGUAUAUGUUUAAUAAAAAAAUAUCAUAUAGUUUGCGAAUAAA